GGCCGGGGGCGUCCCUGGGCCACCCCUACCCUACCCAUGACGCCGCCUUUGCCGCCGCCGCCGCCGCCGCUCUCCCCUUCACGACCUCUGGCAGACAAACCCCUUCAGAGGACAGUGUGUCAUGGGGCAUAGGUAUGGCGGGGGUAGUGUUGGCAGUGUGGGGAAGAAGGUGCGGCGCCGUGUCCCGUCUCUAGCGCAGCGGCGAGCGGCGAACAUACGAGAAAGACGCAGGAUGUUUAAUUUGAACGAAGCAUUUGAUAAGUUACGAAGAAAGGUCCCGACAUUUGCCUACGAGAAGAGAUUGUCCCGCAUUGAAACACUCCGCCUCGCCAUCACAUACAUCUCCUUCAUGACAGAAUUACUGGCCUCAGAGCAUGACGCAGCCGCAGCCGCCGCCGCCACCCCAGCAGGAAGGGUCGGGGUGAGAGGCGCCACCACCACCACCACCACCGCCGCCACGAGACACGAGUGGGACCCAGAAAUGUCAUUAGGAAAACGUGGCGCUGGGCAGUUUGGUGGCACUCUGUCUGGCACUUAACUAUGUGUGUGUGUGUGUGUGUGUGUGUGUGUGUGUGUGUAAACCUAUUCUAACCUAGUUUAUUUGAAUCUUAGUUAAUCUACGCUAACAUUACCAGAGAGAGAGAGAGAGAGAGAGAGAGAGAGAGAGAGAGAGAGAGAGAGAGAUAUGCAAUAAUUCGUAUGUUUAAGUGUGUCUGUGAAUGUGAUGAAGUAAUAAUAGUAAUAAUUAUAUAAGGAUAGAAUUACGUGUGUGUGUGUGUGUGUGUGUGUGUGUGUGUGUGUGUGUUAUUUCAUACAUAUACAUACAUAGGUAGGCAAAAACACCAAUGUAUUCUUCCUAACUUCAACACCACACACACACACACACACACACACACACACACACACACACACACACACACACA